AUGCAGUUUGAAUCUUUAGCUAACGAGUUAUUACUUGAACUGUUUAAAUGUCUCACUACAUCUCAUAUUUUUCAUGCAUUUCAUGGUCUCAAUCGUCGUUUUGAUGCUCUUAUUCUCGAAUAUUUUCGAAAAUGCAAUAUUGACUUUCGAUCAAUAUCAAAAUGUGAUUUCGACAUUAUCUGCGAACAACAUCUAACAGAAAUGGUCGAUCGAAUAACUUCAUUAUGUCUUUCAGACGAAGAUGAUACUCCUGGACAAAUCGAUCAAUUCUUUGGACAUGGUUUCACUUUUCAGCAAUUCAUUAAUUUAAAAUCACUUUACUUAUAUGACAUUCGAUCUGAGACAAUGAUGGAUAAAGUCAUGUUCGAUUUACCAUAUUUAUCCAAUCUUACGCAUCUUACCUUUGGGCAAUGUUAUUUUCCAUUGAGAUCGAACAAUGAAAAAGCCGUCUCUUUUGGAAGUUGUAUUUGGAGUUUACCUAAACUUGUUUGCUUUUGUGUUAAAGUGGAAUAUAAAUAUCGGCAAACUCAUCAUUUUGCAGACAGAUGUCGUCGUGAUAAUGGCAUUUUUAUUAUUCCAACGGUGACUUCAUUAACACUUGAAUAUUUGUCGUUCAUAGGUAUGAAACAAUGCGACAUUGUGAUGGAUCAGUUAUUUGCACAUACACCACGUCUUCGACAUAUUUUGGCCGAUAAUUGUUUGAAUAUACAUAUGAACUCAUUGUCAAUAAUUCCGUCAAUGACCACUUUAAAUAUAUCACUAUCAAGUUCUCAGUAUCGGGAUAGUUUCUUUAAUUUUUUACGAAAGACGCCUAAUCUACGUCAUUUGAAAGUAGAAUUCUGUUCUGUUUAUUUAUAUGUGGAUGGACAAAGAUGGGAACAAAUGAUUCGUAAUUAUUUAGCAAAGCUUGAGCGAUUACAAUUUAAAAUGUUAGUUUCCUUAAAUGGCGAUCUCACAGAAGAGGGACAAGUUGACAGGAUACUUGAUAAGUUUCGAAGUCAAUUUUGGCUAGUAGAACAUCGUUGGUUUGUUCAAUGUGAUUGGAACUUAUACAAAGAAUUUGUCAUUCUGUAUACUUUACCAUAUGCUUUUAAUAAUUUCUAUUUUUAUUCACCUAUACAGUCAAAAUCAACCUCACCAUAUGAUAAUGAUUUACGAUCAUAUGAUAACGUGCAUAGUUUGAUAUAUAAGCCUCGUUUAUUCAACAUAUCAUCUUCGCCUCAUAUUCAAUUUUCUAAUAUUCAACAUCUUUCAAUUGAAUUUCCAAUUAGUGCUCAUUUUUGGUCUAUUGUUCCAAGAUUCGAUCAUUUGAUUUCACUUGAUGCACUAUCGAACAAUUAUGAUGAACAUUGUCAACAUCAACUAGAAGAUUCACUUGAUCGAGCUCCUCGUCUAUCUUCCAUACGUCUUGGUUGGAAAACUUUGACAAGUCCUCUAAUAAAACUUUUCGAAAGUCGAAAUUGGUCAGUAUAUCAACUUGAAUUAUUAUGCUAUGGUCGAUCUUUGAAUAAAAAGCAAUGUAUUAUGAUAAGCGAUAUAAUACCUAGUAUUCAUUGUAAAGUACUGAAUCUUAUGGUUGCAAAUCGAACAUGUAUACUUGAUCUUAUUAAUACAAUGAAUUAUCUUCGUGCAUUGAAUAUUCAAUGUCAAUAUGAUAAGUCCAAUCGAUCUAUUGAAUCGACACAAGACGAACUCUGUGAAUGGUUACAACAACAACUCUCACCCAGAUUUUCCACUACGAAAAUAUCUCGCCGGGACACUGUUGUUCGAAUGUGGAUUCGUUAA